AACAGAGGACGUAUGCUACUGCAGGGCUACACCGGGAUCAUGUGUUUGAAACUCUGCUUUAAGCUUCACAAACUUUGAGCUCUUACGCCCUGUAGCAUGUGUUCUUCCAUCCAUUGCUCUGCCCGCUGAGACUAAAUUAAUCGAUUACCUACACUGCGUAAUUGCAUUGGAAGGAACGGGAGCGGAUAGAGGCGUUUCUAGUGCAGGGAAAGUGAUCUACCUCACAACAACAUCCUCCUCGCAGUGUCAGUCCUCUCUAAUAUCCCACCUCGGGUUCUUGCUGGGUCUCUACUGUUCUGUCAGUGCCAGGCAGAAUGACGUGUCCACCCUGGCCAAAAGGCAAGAAACUGGUUCACCUGGAUUUGAAAGGUGCCCCCCCAAGGGUAGAAUACCUUCACAAGCUCAUCGAGCUGUUCUCUGAUCUGGGGGUGGAUGGCCUGCUGGUGGAGUAUGAGGACAUGUUUCCUUACGAUGGGGAGCUGAAGCUGCUGCAGGCCACAGUUCAGCCUGCUUACAGCCGAGAGGAGGUACUAUCCAUGCAGGAAUUUGCCAGAUCUAAGGGAAUGGAGGUCGUCCCACUUGUGCAGACAUUUGGUCACAUGGAGUUUGCAUUGAAGCAUCGGCCCUUGUGGAGCCUGAGAGAGGUGCCGUACUGCGUGGGCACCCUGAAUCCCCACAGAGAGGAGGGCGUGAGGCUGGUGAUGGAGAUGCUGAGGCAGGUGGUGAAGCUGCACCCGGGCUUGAACACGCUGCACAUCGGAGCAGAUGAGGUGUACAUCCUCGGCGAGGGGGAGGAGUCCAAACUGUGGCUGGCCUCGCCCGGACGUACAGUGGAGCAGCUUUUCCUGAGUCAUGUGACCAAGGUGGCCAAGGCCAUCAAGGAGGCGUGGCCUCACAUGACCAUCAUAAUGUGGGAUGAUAUGAUGAGAGGCAUGAGCCAGGACAUACUGAAAGCUAGCGGUCUAGUGGGACUGGUCCAGCCUAUGUUGUGGGACUACACCCCAAGUCUGGAUGUGGACAAAACUGUGUCUCUGCUGGAGAAGUACUGCAGUGCCGGUAUGUCAGACCUGUGGGUGGCCAGCUCCUUUAAAGGCUCCACCAGUGUUUACACCUGUGUGCCCAACACACAGAGACAUGUGGAUAAUCAUUUGCAGUGGCUGAAGGUGGCUGCGUCUGUAUCUGCUGGUGUAAACCUGCAGGGCAUCGCCAUCACCGGCUGGCAAAAGUAUGACCACCUGUCGGUGCUGUGUGAGCUCAUGCCCUUGGCGCUUCCAUCACUAGCAGCCUGUCUCCAGACACUGAGCCAUGGUCAGUUCAGCACUGAGGCUCAAGGCAAAGUAACUGAGAGACUGGGUAUUUGCUCAGUGGAGGUAGAGGCCAUGGGGAGGACUUCUGCAGGCGACUCGCUGUUCCCAGGAAGGAGGCUGGCUGAGUUAACUGUGGAGCUCAAUGCACUGCUGAACUCAGAGGACAUACGAAUGUUUGAAAAUGACAUGUUUGUAAGAGGAUGGUUCAGCCCCUACCACCGACGGACAAAGCUGGUAACCCCUCUGAUCACCAUGCAGAUUCACAGCCAAGCAUCAACGUUUAUAACUACACUACAACAGAAGGUGGAGGCUGUGAGAGAGGAGAUGGUGCGUCUUUACCCAGAGUCAACAGCCCAGGAGUGGAUAGAGGAACACGUCAGCCCUGUAUUGGGCCCUUUACAGAGGAUAACAGAGGAAAUCAGAGCCUGCGUCAAGGAGAUGGUGCCAUAGAAUAUUUUGCUAGCUCAGAAUCAAAUUGCUUUUUUGAUGAAUUCCAAUACUGGUCUCUUAAUUUUUAUGUGAGCAGUGCUGAAAUGAACAGGAUUUUAUGUGUAAUUUUGCAGUUUUCUGUCGUAUACAAAUUGCACUGAUUGUAACAAAGAAAGGAAAUAAUAUUAAAAGAGGACAUUGGGUUUACAUAUAAAACAUCUUUAUAGAACGCCUGCAAAUGUAUCAAAGUAAACAAAAAACAAUAAAAUCAACCUACAAAAGUA